AUGGGUUCGGUAGUUUUCGGUCGAAAACGACCAAAUGGCAGGCGGAUUAAAGGCAAAGUUAAAAAAGCUACCAAAUAUGCAGUAUCACGGCGCCUCAAGCUCCUGGAUCUAACUCUGGGUAUUUCCAAACAACAGAAACAACAACAACAACAACAACAGCGACGACGACGACGACGACGACUACGACGACGACGUCCACAACAGCAGCAACACACACUCUCUCUAAUCAUUAGCCAAUCAGGGUCGCUGAAGGGCAUGUGGGGGCUAGAGAAGGAUUCUGGAAUGAUUGAUCAAGCAUUGGGCGUAGUCUUCCCGCACCUAUCUGCUCCUCCAGGAUAA